UCUUUCCAAUUCACCGGACUUAUGAAAACCGACAAAACCCACCCUAUCAUCUUCUUGAUUCACGCUAUUGCAGUUCCCAAUGUUGGCACGGAACUCAAUAAAUGGUGGAUUGGGUUGUUAUCUUUUUCGCGUCAUCAGCUAUUAUUUUCCAUUUGGAUAGAAUACCGCCAUCAACCUCCAUAACGAUAAUCUUCAACAUUCCUAUCCUACUCACAAAAUGUGCUUCAUAUUUAUACGGACACCUAACCUCUCUACAGACCCACCGAUUACAUUUCACUUGAGGAACAACACAGAACCAAGAUGGGAUCGCUUGGGAUGUAUUCCGAAUCAGGAUUAACGAAGAAGGGUAGCAGCAGAGGCUACGACGUUCCAGAGGGAGUGGACAUUCGAGGACGCUAUGAUGAAGAAUUUGCCAAAAUUCUCAACAAGGAAGCCUUGUUGUUUGUCGCUGAUUUACAGAGAACUUUUAGAAACCACAUCAAGUAUUCGAUGGAAUGCCGCAGAGAAGCCAAGAGGCGGUAUAAUGAAGGGGGGUUACCGGGGUUUGAUCCGGCGACUAAGUAUAUAAGAGAUUCUGAGUGGACAUGUGCCCCUGUCCCCCCAGCAGUUGCUGAUCGGAGAGUGGAGAUCACCGGACCUGUGGAGCGGAAGAUGAUCAUCAACGCACUCAAUUCUGGAGCUAAAGUUUUCAUGGCGGACUUUGAAGAUGCACUGUCACCAAAUUGGGAGAAUCUGAUGAGGGGGCAAAUUAAUCUUAAGGAUGCAGUGGAUGGGACUAUAAGUUUCCAUGAUAGAGUUAGAAACAGGGUUUAUAAGCUGAAUGAUCAGACAGCCAAGCUCUUUGUCCGCCCUCGAGGUUGGCAUUUGCCAGAGGCUCAUAUCUUCAUUGACGGCGAGCCUGCAACCGGCUGUCUUGUGGAUUUUGGGCUCUAUUUUUUCCACAACCAUGCUAAUUUUCGACGCUCUCAAGGUCAAGGUUAUGGCCCUUUCUUUUACCUUCCCAAAAUGGAGCACUCCAGGGAAGCUAAAAUAUGGAACAGUGUAUUUGAGAGGGCAGAGAAGAUGGCAGGGAUAGAGAGGGGCAGCAUCAGGGCCACCGUACUAAUUGAAACACUUCCAGCAGUGUUUCAAAUGAAUGAAAUACUUUACGAGCUGAGGGAUCACUCUGUGGGAUUGAACUGUGGUAGAUGGGAUUACAUAUUCAGCUAUGUCAAGACCUUCCAGGCUCACCCAGAUCGUCUAUUACCCGAUCGGGUCCUAGUCGGUAUGACCCAACAUUUCAUGAGGAGCUAUUCUGAUCUUCUCAUCAGGACUUGUCACAGGCGUGGUGUGCAUGCCAUGGGAGGCAUGGCUGCUCAAAUUCCGAUUAGAGACGAUCCGAAGGCAAAUGAGGUAGCACUUGAGCUAGUGAGGAAGGACAAACUGAGGGAGGUAAAGGCAGGGCAUGAUGGAACAUGGGCAGCACAUCCAGGACUAAUCCCGGCUUGUAUGGAAGUCUUCACCAACAACAUGGGGAAUGCCCCCAACCAAAUUCGAUCCAUGAGACGUGACGAUGCUGCAAACUUGACCGAAGAAGAUCUCUUACAACGACCAAGAGGUGUACGUACAAUGGAAGGGCUUCGCUUGAACACCCGAGUUGGGAUUCAGUACCUAGCCGCAUGGCUAACCGGGGCUGGCUCGGUGCCUCUAUACAACCUUAUGGAAGAUGCAGCAACAGCAGAAAUUAGCAGGGUUCAAAACUGGCAAUGGCUGAAGUAUGGAGUGGAAUUGGAUGGAGAUGGGCUUGGUGUGAGAGUGAACAAGGAACUGUUUGGGAGAGUGGUGGAAGAAGAAAUGGAAAGGAUUGAAAGAGAAGUUGGGAAAGAGAGAUUCAAAAAAGGAAUGUACAAAGAAGCUUGCAAGAUGUUCACAAGGCAAUGCACAGCUCCAAAUUUGGAUGACUUUCUGACCUUAGACGCUUACAACUAUAUUGUUAUACAUCAUCCAAGGGAAUUGUCCAAGCUUUGAAAAGUGAAAACCACCACCAAAACACUUGCUUUUGCUUCCAUUCUCUUCUUGUUACUGAGAAUAACGUAUCUGUAAUGUAAGUCUGUCUUUGUCCAUUUCUUUUUCAAGCUGUGUGGUUAUUUCAAGAAAUCCAGCAAUUGCAAGCAAAUUGGAAUUCGGUACUUCUCUAUAUAUAAACCUAUAUUUUGCCUGUUAGCUUA